AUGGAGGAGUGUUCCGUGUUUACGGAAAAAGUACGGGAUCCCAGUCUGGAAACCCCAAUCAUCAUAGGAUUCUCUGUUUUGUACAGCAUUGAAUUUGUGCUCGGUAUUACCGGUAACGUUGGCGUGAUAAUAUUCACAUUUGGCAAUCGAAAACUACAAACAGUACAAAAUAUGUUCAUUCUGAAUUUGGCACUUGCCGAUCUGAUCGUCUGUAUAUUCUCCUUACCUCUCACUCCAAUCACGAGUAUUUAUAAGAAUUGGUAUUUUGGUGAACAUAUGUGCCAUUCGCUUCCAUGGAUUCAGGUACGCGAGAGUACUACGUAG